AUGAAGCUCUUUUACAUUUUCUUCUUUGCACUCAUUGCUUUGCAAGCAGUCUUUGCUACUGAUCUUGCCUCGAUCAGCGCAAAACUUCAAACAGUGAACAGUGCUUGCGACAAGGUCUCACAACUCAGUUCAAGCAUCAAAGUAACAGCAGACGUUGCAUCAUCAAUCGAAGCUGAUGUAACUGCAAUCGUUUCUGCUUUGGGCGAUGCACAAGCCGAGAUUAGCGCAUAUGUCGGUACAUUGGCAGCAGCUGAUGUAGACGCAAUCAUCAAGAUUUUGGUCAAGAUUGAAGUUGGUAUCUCCGUUGGUAUCAAAGUUAUUAUUGGUCUUCAAGCAGGUUUGAAUGCGAUCGGUGAAGAUACCAAGCUUGGUGAUGACUUAGCAAACCUUCAAGUGGCUAUCAAAGCUUUCGUUGGUGUAUUUUUGGGUAAAUGUCCUUCUGCUUCAAAGAGUGAUGCAAGUUCCGUUUGCAAUAAGCUUCAAAGUGAUGCCAAAAGCGCUUGCAGUGCUUAUAGUUCAUGCUCUUAA